UUUGCUACAGGUGUUUAAAUUAUUACCGUUAAUACAAUGGAUAAUAACUUCCGCAAUUCUCACGUGAGCACUAUUUGAGCAUAAUUCAUGAUGGCAUUUGAUGUUAAGUUAAAAAAAUAAAAGCACCAACUGCGAUCGCGAGAUGAACUUAUUUUUUUUUUAAUUUUAAUAAGUUAGCACUGUACCUGCACGUGUUUCAUAUUUUCAUUGAAUGAGUGUCUUGAAUUUUCAAGCGUCAUCGGAAACUUCGACGCUCAUUGCAUGAACACUACAAUUAUCCUCGACAACUUGUAUAUAAUGCCCGGCAAUGAUACAAAAGUUGUUAUUGAUACAGCUAACACGGUGUGAAGAUAAAUUUACUUCGAACGAGGAAAAAAACUAAUUUUUCUAAAUAAUAUACGAGAAAACGAGAUUCUAUAUUCAACUAUUCCAAUUGGCCCAAUGUUACACAGUCAAUCAUUUGACCAUGAUAAUUAUAACUACUAACCCAUUAAGCAGUGCCUUGUAACAGGGGAAUCCCAGUGAGUAUUGAAACGAAAAAUAGAGAAAAAGAUGUCACUCGGUUGCAAACUAACUUUAGCAGGUUUUUUACUGAUAACUUUGCACGCUGUUUGUCAACAGAAUGUUUCCGCCGAAGGUGAAAGUUGCAAGAACCAACUGUUGGCCCUGUCUCGCUCGGAUCACGGUGUCUGCAUGAAGGUGCGAAACUGUCAGCCUUACGUGACUCUGCUGCAGCAGUACGGCACUGCAGCGGGUGCUCAGCUACGAAACACAUUGUGCUACUACUCGGGUAACGACCCGGUCGUCUGCUGCCCCGACUACAACGGCAAUCCCUACUUCGGGGCUGGCAAGAGCAACGCCGUGAACGAGCCCGAUCCGGCUACGCUCGAGCCAAGCAAUACCAAUCGAAACAGCGAGUCCAGUACGAAUUAUGGGCCGUUACGCGCCCCGCAGUGUGGCUACAGCGACGUGCAGCACAACCGGGUCGUCGGCGGCGUACCUUCCGAGCUCGGAGCUUGGCCGUGGCUAGCAGCUUUGGGUUAUCGGGACGGUAGCACGGGGGGUGCCAACUGGCGCUGCGGAGGCAGCCUCAUCUCGGCUCGUCACGUGCUCACGGCGGCCCACUGCGUGUACCGGCGCAACGACGUCUUCCUCGUGCGUCUGGGUGAACACGAGCUCGGGCGCGACGACGACGGCGCCAAUCCGAUCGACGUGCCGGUCGAGCUCAUCACGCCGCAUCCGGACUACAGCAGCUCGAGCCACGAGAACGACAUAGCCGUCAUUCGGCUCGCCUACGACGUUCCGUUUACUGAUGCCAUUCAUCCGAUCUGUUUGCCGCUACUGCCUGAGAUCAGGAACAAAGAUUUUGUGAGGCACUAUCCUUUCGUGGCUGGCUGGGGAAAAUUGCACUUUGACGAUACGACGGGCUCCAACGUUUUGCAACAAGUUCAAUUGCCGGUUGUAUCGCAAGAAACUUGUCAAAACGCCUAUGCUCGCUUCAAGGCUCAAAUGAUAGAUAAUCGAGUUUUGUGCGCGGGCUUUACCGCAGGAGGAAAAGACGCUUGUCAGGGAGACAGCGGUGGACCACUCAUGUAUCCUUAUCGAAGCGCUUAUUACGCUAUCGGUGUUGUAUCCUUUGGCAAAGGCUGCGCUGAAGCCGGAUACCCUGGUGUCUAUACUAAAGUAUCAGAGUUCCUAGAUUUCAUUAUGACAAAUUUAAAUUAAAUUCAAGACAAUUGUUUACCCAUUUACAUAUGUGAAUAUAUUUGUCUUGCACAUUUAGACUACACACUAAUUUGAAAAUUUACUCGAACCAAGUCUUGAUUAUCAACCAUAAUUUGAACAAUGCAUUAUUUUACAUUAUUGAAAUAGAUUGCGCGAAUAUAAAUAAUUUAUAAUUAUUUUUAAUCAUUAGUUUUAAAUAUGUAAAUAGAUGUAAUUUUUUUUUAAAUUGUACGAAUAAAUUGUAUUAUGUAAAGCUAUGUGAA